ACUCAUCCACUUCUCCUGCCUUGUUCUCCUGCAGCCCCAGCCAUGUCCUGCUACGACCUGUGCCGGCCCUGCGGCCCUACCCCGCUGGCCAACAGCUGCAACGAGCCCUGUGUGAGGCAGUGCCAGGACUCCCGCGUGGUGAUCCAGCCCUCGCCCGUGGUGGUGACCCUGCCCGGGCCCAUCCUCAGCUCCUUCCCCCAGAACACCGCUGUGGGAUCCUCCACCUCCGCCGCCGUGGGCAGCAUCCUGAGUGAGGAGGGAGUGCCCAUCAACUCGGGGGGCUUUGGGCUCUCGGGGCUCUCUGGCCUCGGUGGCCGCUACUGCGGCCGCAGGUGCCUGCCCUGCUAG